GCCUUCUUUAUCGUUCUCUCACACGCUGGCUCAGUUUAUCCACUCCCUAUCAUUGACUCUGAGUACUUGGCCAAGCCCCGUGCGUGCGUUAUCCCACCCAAUUCGCAGCGGAUACUCGAUUCCUGCUGCCAGCCCAAGUUCCGAGUCAUUAGACCUAGACUUAGAUUCAUACGAGAUGGUGCAGAAAUACGGAGCGGUGCUCACAACGGCGGCUGACGCAACCGCAGGUGAUAGCGAGCACAGUGCCCUUCUUGGGGGGAAUGCUGCUCCUUCAGCAACGCAAAGGGAAGGUCAUGCGAGCAUACUGAGCUCCGUGAGCAACCUCACAAAUACGAUCAUGGGCAGUGGUAUGCUGACAUUUCCUUUGGCUAUGGCCUCUUCUGGUAUCAUACCAGGAAUCAUCACAUGCAUAUUCUCUGGUGGUGUUGGCGCUUUCGGUUUGUACCUGCUCUCGUUAUCAGCUAGACGCGCUCCGCAUAGAAGCAGCUCCUUUUUCGCGGUUGCACAGCUUACAUUCCCGCAAGCUGCUAUAUUCUUCGAUGCUGCGAUAGCUAUCAAGUGUUUCGGAGUAUCUAUCAGCUAUCUCAUAAUCAUCAAGUCACUCAUGCCCAGUGUUGUGGCAUCAUUAUACCAUGAUUUGACUUCGCCGACUACUAAUCCGCCUGCGUGGGCCCUGUCAGGUCGGAAUUGGAUCACGAUCAUUAUGUUCAUUUUAGUCCCUCUUGCAUCCUUUCGUCGUUUGGACAGCCUUAGACACGCGAGUUACAUCGUCCUGUUUUCCGUCGUAUACCUUGUGGCCAUUGUCAUUACAUGCUAUUUCAGUCCUUUAGAAGGUACAGCUCCAGCUGGCGAAAUCCAUCUCAUUCACUUUACGCCAAACUUUAUCUCGACGUUCCCUGUGCAAGUCUUUGCGUUCACGUGUGCCCAGAACCUGUUCCCUAUCUUCAAUGAACUGAAGGCGAACUCGCAGCAGCGCAUGAAUAUCGUUGUUGGGACUUCCAUUGGUAGUGCCAUCUUGGUAUAUGAGGUCAUCGCACUCUUUGGCUAUUUGACCUUUGGUUCCAACGUCGGCGCUAACAUCAUCGCCAUGUAUCCAUCGACAUCGAUAUUUAUCGCUAUUGGGCAGCUGGCCAUCGUCCUGCUCAUCACGUUCUCGUAUCCACUGCAAGUACAACCCUGCAGGAACUGCUUGGACAAGAUUUUCCAUGUAGGAGCCCCUACCAAGGUUCCUGGCAGUGAUAAUGAUGAUGAAGUUGUUGAUGAGGAUCAUGCCGUUGCCGACAUGUCCCUUUUCAAGCACACGCUGCUGACCGCUGCCAUUACCGGUUUCGGUUUCGUUGUUGCCUACUUCGUUGAUAACCUCCAAAUGGUGCUCUCCUUCGUUGGCACCACCGGAUCCACAACUAUUUCGUUCAUCCUUCCAGGCGUACUCUUCUGGAAGAUCUCUCGAGAUGAUCCCAGCGUGAGCAGAACGCUCAACAAAGCUGCCCUCGCUUUAGCAGGGUAUGGGUGCUGUGUGUUUGUAUUCUGCUCGGGCUACAACAUUUACCGAAUCUUUAAUCCCUCAGAAGUUUCCUCCCACUGAAGAUCCUGUAUAAUAUACGCGCGUACAUGUACAUUUUGUUAUCAUAUGAAGAAUAUAAUCUGCUUCUUGGCAAAUGA